CCUCCAUUCUUUUCUUCCAGCAACCAGAAAGAAAUGCUUGAGCACUUCUAAAGUCCCGCCCUUUCGGCUACCCCCAAUGGAGAGUAAGCUGUUACUCAAAAGGAGGCAACAAAAGCGUCAACGUGGAGUUGAGAGGAGCGGAAGUAGUCAGAUUUCGCUGAGGGCCGUAAAGCGGAUAGUAUUUUCGCCUUCCGGAUAACGACAGCAGCUCCUACUGUCAGUGCCGGCCUUCCUCGUGCCGGACCCUUCCUAAUUCAAUUUCCUUCCCAUUCCGGGCCCUUCCCUAUCGUCGCCCCCUUCACCUUGGAUCAUGUUCAAGAAGUUUGAUAGACGCGAAAGGCAAAGGGGAAACAUGGGAAAAGGAAGAUUUGAUGAAAAAGAAAAUGUGUCCAACUGCAUCCAGUUGAAAACCUCGGUUAUUAAGGGUAUUAAAAAUCAAUUGAUAGAGCAAUUUCCAGGUAUCGAACCAUGGCUUAAUCAAAUCAUGCCUAAGAAAGAUCCUGUGAAAAUUGUCCGAUGCCAUGAACACAUAGAAAUCCUUACGGUAAAUGGAGAAUUACUGUUUUUUAGACAAAGAGAAGGGCCUUUUUAUCCAACCCUAAGAUUACUUCAUAAAUAUCCUUUUAUCUUACCACAUCAGCAGGUUGAUAAAGGAGCCAUCAAAUUUGUCCUCAGUGGAGCAAAUAUCAUGUGUCCCGGCUUAACUUCCCCUGGAGCUAAGCUUUACCCUGCUGCCGUAGAUACUAUUGUUGCAAUCAUGGCAGAAGGAAAGCAACAUGCUUUGUGUGUUGGUGUCAUGAAGAUGUCUGCAGAAGAUAUUGAGAAAGUCAACAAAGGAAUUGGCAUUGAAAAUAUCCAUUAUUUAAAUGAUGGGCUGUGGCAUAUGAAGACAUAUAAAUGAGCCUCAAAAGGAAUGUGCUUGGGCUAAAUAUGGCUAUUAUGCUAUAUCUGUGUGUGUGUCUGUGUGUAGCAGCAUGAAGACAAUGCCUCUAUGGUUAUGCCGAAUAAAUUCUGCGGAUGCUAAAA